AUGGACGAAUUCCAUAAAAUGAUUAAAUCGCUGGAAACACUGGCAACUGAACGUGCAUUGGAAAGUCUUAGUGGUAAAUUUUUGGAAUAUGCAGCAUAUUUGUUGAAAAGCUUGAGGAAAGCACCCGAAAAUAUCGUUGUUGAAUAUGCAGCUACCUGGAAUUCUCAUAAAUUUGCAAUCUACGGUUUUAUUGGCACACGAAUCUCCUUGAUGAUAAAUUUCGACAAUAUUGAAAAUUUCACUCAGUUCGUUCAAGCUACAAAAAUAUGGGGUGCAAGAUGGGUGUUGCAUGAAUCAAUGAAUUUUGCGCCACUUGCAGUAUCUCCUGGACAGAGGCAUUUAUCAACUGGAAAUGUUGCUUCAGUUGGUGACUCUACACACCAGCACUGUAAGUUGCAAUGUUUCAUGUGCGACGAGGAAUUAACACUCCCAGAUGAACAUCUUAAGGCAGUAAGGUGCGACAGAUUUAAUGCUGAAAUACCGCUAUGGACUCACUGUUAG